GAGCACGAUAAUGAAGCAGAAACUGUGAUAAGUAGUCUGGCCAAUAAUUACGAUGACGAUGAACUGGAUAUAGCUGUGAAGCUUGUACAGGUGGACAGAUACAGAACCAGGUUAAAAGAGCGUGAACGUCGGAAACGAAUCGCCAGAGAAUAUAAUCUAAUUCAAACUGCAGCAUCACUCAUCAAACCCAAAUCACAAACCCCCAAAAAGCGCACAUCUAAAGAAGAAAAGGAAUUCCAGGAGAAAAUGAAAAUAUUUGCUCAAUUCCAGUCCUCAUCGGAUCAUGAACAGUUUCUGGAGAAGUGUCAAGAGGAGAAGGAGCUGAAGUCCAGAAUCACAGAGCUGUGGAAAUACAGGGAGAACGGGAUCACCAAAAUGGAUGAGGUCGAUGAUUAUGAGGAUGAAUUGUAUAAGCGAGAGAAGAAAAAAGAGAAUAAGAAAAAAUUGGGCAGCUCCUCACCAGUAAAGAGGGUGUCAAUGGUCUCAAAAAAAGCCGCAGGCGGUAUAGAAGAAAAAUUAGAUAUACUCAUCGACGACGAAGGGUUAAAAGAUGAAGGAGAAGAAAAUGAGAUGAAGGAUAUGUCCAUACUGCCCAGCUAUGGCAUGCUGUCAGAGAGAGAGAAGAAGGUAAGGAUAUGUCUAUACUCCCCAGCUAUGACAUGUUGUCAGAGAGAGAGAAGAAGAGGGAGAGAAAAAGGUAAGGAUAUGUCUAUACUCCCCAGCUAUGACAUGCUGUCAGAGAGAGAAAAGAAGCUCUGCAAUUCCAUUGGGAUGACCCCAGCAAACUAUAUGACCAUCAAAACUUGUAUAAUCAAGGACUACCUACAGCGUCGGCAGGGUAUCCCAGUCAAGAUCCGCUAUCCUAGCGGGCUGGACAAGACCCACCGACGGAAAAUCAUGAGCUUCCUGACGGACAACGGCUGGAUCAUGGCUGUCUGAAGGAGGUGAAAAGGGAGGGGUAAACAGAGAAGGGGCCAGUGGGAAGAGGCUGGUCUUCACGGAGCAGGGAAUUACAGGAGAGAGGGACCAUGUGAUGUAAGGCGGGGCUGUGAGAGGCUGAGGAAGUGGGGGCACCACACCUGCUGACAGACAAAGUGAUUGAAGGAUGAGAGAAUGGAUUUCUUAGUAAAGGAAAGGAUUUGCAAUAAUUUAAAAAAAUGUACAAAACUGGUUAUGCUUAUGUUGAACAGAGAGCACUAGAAACGUUUAUGUUUUGUGGUUUGUUAAAGCAUUGUCUUUAGUUUUGGUUUUUGAGGUAAAAAUGCAACUAGAAGUUGUAAAAAAUAGUUAUUAAAGGUGAUGAGAGAUAUUGAUGUACACACUUGUACAUGUAUGCACUGCCAUGGAACACUCAAAGUUCUUUGUACAUAGAUAUUACCGCCUGUUUUCUUCUAAUCAUUUUUUCCGUCCAGGAAACUUGAUGUUAAUUUUUUGCUUCUUAAUGUUUAUAUUCUGUGUUAGGCACUCAGAAAUUCCAUUUAUUACUGUACAUGAAUUUUGUAAGGAGGAUAAAGAGUCAUGUUUUGGCAACUUCAAUAGUGACUUACGGUUCAUAUAAUUUAAAUUCAUUAUUUAAGAAUGAAUUCCCGUAGAAUUGAUAGAACAAAUGAAAGUGCAGAUUCAUUUCAAUUUUCUCCAAAGGUGUCAAGUUCUAAACACUCAAACUAUUGUACAUCCAGUAUUCAUAUUUCAUAUUAACAUGAUUAAUCAUUGAAUCAUUAAUUAAGGUCUGAGUUCACUGUUAGUACUCUAAGGUGAGAUUGUGUCAAUGUUUUAUUAUUGUACGACUCGUACAGAUUUUUAUCUUUGUAUAAAAGGUUUUACAUGGUGUGUGUUUUUUUUAUUAGUUAAUUGUGUAAUUUAUUUUGUAUGGAAUUGUAUGAUUGAUUGAUUGAUAUAAAAUUUUGUGAGGUUUCACCAGGAAGUCUGGAAUUUCAUCUAAUGAGAUUUAUUUCUGUUCAUAAUGAACGUAAGCUUUAAUUUAACUAUUAAAAAUACAAAAGA